AUGGCUAGAACUAGAGGAGGUUACAUAGUUCAAUGCAGAAGAAGUUCAAGACUUCGUGCACAUAGUUUGUCAAAGUUUACAAACACUCCAGAUACUCCUGUAGAUUUAGAAUCCGAAGAUCAAGCAAACAUGAAUACCAACAACAUACGAGAUAAAACACCACUUGCAAAAGUCUAUCGACGUCCAGAUAACAAAGUCAUAAAGGGAAAUAAACUUGUUGAUCAAGUAGAAGAGGAUGAACAUAAUUGUGAUAAUCUGGUGGAUGAACAAGAUGCAGAGCAAAAUAAUGACCAACAAAGUGAUGAAGAUAUGCAAGAAGCUGAAGAAGACAGUGCACAAGAAGAUAGUGCAGAAGACAUGGAGCAAGAAGAUAGUGCACAAGAAGAAGAUAAUGCACAAGAAGAUGAGGAACAAGACAAUGUACCAAACGAAAGUGAGGAAGAAAAUGAUGAUGAACAAGAAGAGGAUGAAACAGAAAAUCAAGCUCAAGUCAACAAUGCACAACCAAAGAUUAAAAUAACAAAAUACAAAAGGAAAAAGGAAGCUGCAUUUGAAACUCAUAUACCAAGAAAAAGGAUUGUUGGAACAUUAUAUCCAAUAUUGAAGUUCAUGAACAAAGAUGUUAAGAAAACAGAAGGGGCUAAACAUAUAAAUAAGAAAAAAGACGAGGUCAAAAUAAGGAUAUCUCCAAGGUAUUUUAGUAAGAUGGUAGGUGAACUGGUUUACAAGAGCUGGUUUUGCACUCUUACUGGAUUUUGA